UGCCAUGUGUUCUUCUUUUUCCCAAAAAAGAGGAACGCUAACUUAAUUUCGUGAAUAAUUAAAUCGGAUUUUCAUUUAUUUAAAUUCCCCACUUCAAGGGAAACUCUUCCUCCACCGUUAGAGAUACUCGGUACAAGGACCGGAUGCUGAAUUUUACCUUGCAGUUUCUUUUACCCAAUUUCUAGCCAACUAAAGUAGCUGAAGUCGGUCCUUGAACCGAAGUCUACUAGCACAGAUCCCGCAUUCCGCACUCCACAGGCGCAAUAAGUGAACGAAGGGUCGAAAAAAAAGAGAGCAUCGACAGAUCGAGAAAGAAAGAUACAACGAACCGAAGACUAGAAAGAAAGAAACAAAAAGACAAUAUGACAUCAACAAAGUCCACUUCAACUAGAGCACCAGACCCCUCAGCUCUCACCACCCUCAUAUCCACCUCUGCAUCCUCCGAUCCCCUCUCCGCAAGCACAAUCCAAAUCCUCCAUAACCUCCAACACCAGCACCUAUGGACAUCGGUCCAAGUCCAUAAUCUCAAUGCCUCCUCUCCAGCAGCAGGAUCGGCACCAACAUCUUCAGGUGACCAAUCGACUACGCCCUACUUAAUCUCCGGUAUACCUCCGCAUCGAGUCUAUACACACCCAGACGAGCAAUUAUAUCUAUUAGAGCGAGGACUCCGGGCAGAAGACGUUGAGUUGGAGCGCCUGUUUGUUCUUCCAACCAUAAAGAACCAACUUUGGAGUUUGCGCAAGAUGGCGGCUGUGUUUGAUUCGCUUCCUGAUGAGGCAGAGAUCCAGGCCGUGGAGGUUUCGAUGAAUGAGGGGGCCGGUGGAGAAAAGGCAGCCAAGUUGGCGGAAUAUUAUGAGUAUAGGAACAAGGCGCGUCUGACAAAGGAGUGGGGUGGAAAGAGGCUCCUCCUUGCAAUGGUGGAUAGGGGGAUGGGCGGUGAUGGGACUGUGGUCUACUAUAUUGUCCAAGAGGGCGCUGUGAAGCCUCGCCAAAAUUAAAAACCCCUUCCUUUGCACGUAUAUGACGACGGUAUGCGGCUCCAAGAUAUAUAACAAGCGCGGCGAUAUCGGAUCGGGCUAAGAAUAUCGUACGACAUGAGAGGUCAUGGUCAUUCUCUUUGAUAUGCUAUACAAUUUGAGCUA